GGCAGAGAGGGAGAGGCUCCCUUCAUCUUACCUGCUAGAUCCACAGACUCCAGGAUGGCGGAUGCAGUGCUGGCAGCGCUGGGGGCGGCAGCCCCGUUCCUGCGGCCAGGGGAGCGGGAGCGGCUGGCAGCGCAGACCAGACCCUUCGAUCCCCGUAGCGAGUGCUUCGUCCCCCACCCCCGGGAGGAAUUCGUUCGGGGACGGGUGACGGGGCGGCAAGGAGGGGAGGCCACCGUCCAGACUGAGCUGGGAGAGACGGUGACUGUGAAGGAAGCUGACAUUCACCAGCAGAAUCCCCCCAAAUUUGACAAGAUUGAGGACAUGGCGAUGCUGACCUUCCUCCAUGAGCCUGCUGUCCUCUAUAACCUCAAGGAGCGCUAUGCCUCUUGGUUGAUCUAUACGUACUCAGGGCUCUUCUGUGUGACUGUCAACCCCUACAAGUGGUUGCCCGUCUACAAUGCCGAGGUGGUGGCUGCCUACCGGGGAAAGAAGCGGAGUGAAGCUCCACCCCACAUCUUCUCCAUCUCUGACAAUGCCUACCAGAACAUGCUAACAGACCGAGAGAACCAGUCCAUCCUCAUCACCGGAGAAUCCGGGGCGGGGAAGACAGUCAACACCAAGAGGGUCAUCCAAUACUUUGCCAGCAUUGCUGCCAUUGGAGACCGCAAGAAGGAGGUGACCAACAGCAGCAAGGUGAGUUCCUCAGUCCAUGUACCCUUGACAGAGAGUGUACCCCAGUGGUAUCCACACCCAGCAUUGUCCCACCCUAUCCAGGGCACCCUGGAGGACCAGAUCAUCCAGGCCAACCCUGCCUUGGAGGCCUUCGGCAAUGCCAAGACCCUCCGCAAUGACAACUCCUCCCGAUUUGGGAAGUUUAUCCGGAUCCAUUUCGGGGCCACCGGGAAGUUGGCAUCAGCUGACAUUGAGACCUACCUCCUGGAGAAGUCCCGUGUCAUUUUCCAGCUGAAGGCUGAGAGGAACUACCACAUCUUUUACCAGAUCCUUUCUAACAAGAAGCCAGAGCUGCUGGAGAUGCUUCUCAUCACGAACAACCCCUAUGACUACAGUUAUGUCUCCCAAGGAGAGGUGACUGUGGCCUCCAUCGAUGACUCUGAAGAGCUGUUGGCAACUGACAGCGCUUUUGAUGUCCUGGGCUUCACGGCUGAGGAGAAGGCUGGUGUCUACAAGCUGACGGGCGCCAUCAUGCACUUUGGCAACAUGAAGUUCAAGCAGAAACAACGGGAAGAGCAAGCAGAACCAGAUGGCACAGAAGAUGCUGACAAGUCAGCCUACUUGAUGGGGCUGAACUCAGCUGAUCUUCUGAAGGGGUUGUGUCACCCCCGGGUGAAGGUGGGCAAUGAAUAUGUCACCAAGGGGCAGAAUGUCCAGCAGGUGUACUACUCUAUUGGGGCCUUGGCCAAGGCUGUGUAUGAGAAGAUGUUCAACUGGAUGGUGGUGAGGAUCAACAACUCCCUGGACACCAAGCAGCCAAGGCAGUACUUCAUUGGUGUGCUAGACAUCGCCGGAUUUGAGAUCUUUGAUUUCAACAGCUUUGAGCAGCUCUGCAUCAACUUCACCAACGAGAAGCUGCAGCAGUUUUUCAACCACCACAUGUUCGUGCUGGAGCAGGAGGAAUACAAGAAGGAGGGCAUUGAGUGGGAGUUCAUUGACUUUGGCAUGGACCUCCAGGCCUGCAUUGACCUCAUUGAGAAGCCCAUGGGAAUCAUGUCCAUCCUGGAGGAGGAGUGCAUGUUUCCCAAAGCCUCGGACAUGACCUUCAAGGCCAAGCUCUUUGAUAAUCACUUGGGCAAGUCGGCCAACUUUGGGAAGCCACGCAAUGUCAAGGGGAAGCCAGAGGCCCAUUUCUCUCUUGUCCACUAUGCUGGCACAGUGGACUACAACAUCAUCGGCUGGUUGGAGAAGAACAAGGACCCUCUCAAUGAGACAGUGGUGGGGCUCUACCAGAAAUCUGCCCUGAAGCUCUUGGCCAACCUCUUCUCCAACUAUGCUGGGGCAGAUGCUGGUGGUGAUGGAGGGAAGGGGAAAGGAGCCAAGAAGAAAGGUUCCUCCUUCCAAACUGUCUCAGCCCUUCAUCGGGAGAACCUCAACAAGCUGAUGGCCAACCUCAAGACCACCCACCCUCAUUUCGUCCGCUGCAUCAUCCCCAAUGAGCGGAAGGAGCCGGGUGUGAUGGACAACCCCCUGGUAAUGCAUCAGCUGCGCUGCAAUGGGGUGCUGGAAGGCAUCCGCAUCUGCCGCAAGGGCUUCCCCAAUCGCAUCCUCUAUGGGGACUUCCGACAGCGGUACCGCAUCCUGAACCCUGCUGCCAUCCCUGAGGGGCAGUUCAUUGACAGCCGCAAGGGCGCUGAAAAGCUCCUGGGAUCCAUUGACAUUGACCACAACCAGUAUAAAUUUGGACACACCAAGGUCUUCUUCAAAGCUGGGCUGCUGGGACUUCUGGAGGAGAUGCGGGAUGAGCGCCUCUCCCGCAUCAUCACCCGCAUCCAGGCUCAGGCCCGAGGGCAGCUCAUGCGCAUUGAGUUCAAGAAGAUCCUGGAGCGCCGGGACUCACUGCUGGUGAUCCAGUGGAACAUCAGGGCCUUCAUGGGGGUGAAGAAUUGGCCUUGGAUGAAGCUCUACUUCAAGAUCAAGCCCUUAUUGAAAAGUGCUGAGACAGAGAAGGAGAUGCAGAACAUGAAGGAAGAGUUUGGGCGGCUGAAGGAGGCCCUGGAGAAGUCGGAGACCCGGCGCAAGGAGCUGGAGGAGAAGAUGGUCUCCAUGCUGCAGGAGAAGAAUGACCUUCAACUCCAAGUGCAGGCCGAGCAGGACAACCUCAACGAUGCUGAGGAGCGCUGUGACCAGCUGAUCAAGAACAAGAUCCAGCUGGAGGCCAAGGUGAAGGAACUGACAGAGAGACUGGAGGAUGAGGAGGAGAUGAAUGCAGAGCUGACAGCUAGAAAGAGGAAGCUGGAGGAUGAGUGUUCGGAGCUGAAAAAGGAUAUUGAUGAUCUAGAGCUGACUCUGGCCAAGGUGGAGAAGGAGAAACAUGCCACUGAGAACAAGGUCAAGAACCUCACAGAGGAGAUGGCUGGGCUGGAUGAAACCAUUGCAAAGCUAACGAAGGAAAAGAAGGCCCUGCAAGAAUCUCACCAGCAGACGUUGGAUGACCUGCAGGCAGAGGAAGACAAGGUCAACACCCUGACAAAGGCCAAACUCAAGAUGGAACAGCAAGUGGAUGACCUUGAAGGCUCCCUGGAACAGGAGAAGAAGGUCCGGAUGGACCUGGAACGGGCCAAAAGGAAGCUGGAAGGUGACUUGAAGCUGACCCAGGAGAACAUCAUGGACCUGGAGAAUGACAAGCAGCAGCUGGAAGAGAAGCUCAAGAAGAAAGAGUUUGAGAUCAACCAGCAGAACAGCAAGGUUGAGGAUGAGCAGGCUCUGGCUCUGCAGCUCCAGAAGAAGCUGAAAGAGCUGCAGGCACGGAUUGAGGAGCUGGAGGAGGAGUUGGAAGCAGAGCGGACUGGCAGAGCCAAGGUGGAGAAGCUGCGCUCAGACCUGUCACGGGAGCUGGAGGAGAUCAGCGAGAGGCUGGAGGAGGCGGGUGGUGUCACAUCAGUGCAGAUCGAGCUCAACAAGAAGCGGGAGGCAGAGUUCCAGAAGAUGCGUCGGGACCUGGAGGAGGCCACGCUGCAACAUGAGGCCACGGCUGCUGCGCUGCGCAAGAAGCACGCCGACAGUGUGGCUGAGCUCAGCGAGCAGAUUGACAACUUACAGCGUGUCAAGCAGAAGCUGGAGAAGGAGAAGAGUGACCUUAAGCUGGAGCUGGAUGACCUCAGCUCCAACAUGGAGCAACUCAUAAAAGCCAAGGUGGGCAUAGAGAAGAUCUCUCGCACCAUGGAGGACCAGGCAGCUGAACACCGGGCCAAGCUGGAAGAGACACAACGAGUCCUCAAUGACACCAGCACCCAACGGGCCAAGCUCCAGACUGAGAAUGGAGAGCUGUCCCGACAACUGGAGGAAAAGGAGGCCCUUGUCUCUCAAUUAACUAGGGGCAAGCAGUCAUACACCCAGCAGAUGGAGGACUUAAAGAGGCAGCUGGAGGAGGAGAUGAAGGCCAAGAAUGCACUGGCCCAUGCCCUCCAGUCAGCCCGGCAUGACUGCGACCUUCUGAGGGAGCAGUAUGAGGAGGAGACAGAGGCCAAGGCUGAGCUCCAGCGCUCACUCUCCAAGGCCAACUCUGAGGUGGCACAGUGGAGGACCAAGUAUGAGACAGAUGCCAUCCAGCGCACUGAGGAACUGGAGGAGGCCAAGAAGAAGCUGGCCCAGCGGCUGCAGGAGGCUGAGGAGGCAGUAGAGGCGGUCAAUGCGAAGUGUUCCUCCCUGGAGAAGACCAAGCACCGGCUGCAAAAUGAGAUUGAGGACCUGAUGGCAGAUGUGGAGCGAUCAAAUGCAGCAGCUGCUGCAUUGGACAAGAAGCAGAGAAACUUUGACAAGAUCUUGUCUGAGUGGAAGCAGAAAUUUGAAGAGUCACAGAUGGAGCUGGAGGCAUCGCAGAAAGAGGCCAGGUCCCUCAGCACCGAGCUCUUCAAGCUGAAGAAUGCCUAUGAGGAGUCACUUGAGCACCUGGAGACCUUCAAAAGGGAGAACAAGAACCUCCAAGAAGAGAUCUCGGACCUGACGGAGCAGCUGGGUGGCAGCCACAAGACCAUCCACGAAUUGGAGAAGGUCCGGAAGCAGCUGGAUGCCGAGAAACUGGAGCUUCAAGCUGCAUUGGAGGAGGCUGAGGCCUCUCUGGAGCAUGAGGAGGGAAAGAUCCUGAGGGCCCAACUGGAGUUCAACCAGGUCAAGGCAGACUAUGAGCGCAAGCUGGCCGAGAAGGAUGAGGAGAUGGAGCAGGCCAAGCGCAACCACCUGCGGGUGGUGGACUCACUGCAGACAUCCCUGGACGCUGAGACCCGGAGCCGCAACGAGGCCCUGAGGCUGAAGAAGAAGAUGGAGGGUGACCUCAAUGAAAUGGAGAUUCAGCUCAGCCAUGCCAACCGUGUGGCUGCUGAAGCUCAGUCCCACCUGAAAGGAGCCCAGGCUCACCUCAAGGACACCCAACUGCAGCUGGAUGAUGUGGUAAGAGCCAAUGAGGACCUGAAGGAGAAUAUUGCCAUCGUGGAGAGGAGGAACAACCUUCUCCAGUCAGAGUUGGAGGAGAUGCAGGCAGUGGUGGAACAGACUGAGAGGGCCCGUAAGUUGGCUGAGCAGGAGCUGAUUGAGGCCAGUGAGAGGGUCCAGCUUCUCCACUCACAGAACACCAGCCUCAUCAACCAGAAGAAGAAGAUGGAGGCCGACAUCUCCCAGCUGCAGACAGAGGUGGAAGAGGCCAUCCAGGAGUGCAGGAAUGCUGAGGAGAAAGCCAAGAAAGCCAUCACUGAUGCGGCCAUGAUGGCAGAGGAGCUGAAGAAGGAGCAGGAUACCAGCGCCCAUCUGGAACGGAUGAAGAAGAACAUGGAGCAGACCAUCAAGGACCUGCAGAUGAGGUUGGAUGAGGCCGAGCAGCUGGCCCUCAAAGGGGGCAAGAAGCAGCUGCAGAAGCUGGAGGCUCGUGUGCGGGAGCUGGAGAACGAGCUGGAGGCUGAGCAGAAGCGCAAUGCUGAGAGCAUUAAGGGUCUCCGCAAGUCUGAGCGUCGCGUCAAGGAGCUCAGCUACCAGACAGAGGAGGACCGUAAAAAUAUGGUCCGGCUCCAAGACCUUGUGGACAAGCUCCAGCUGAAGGUCAAGGCCUACAAGCGACAGGCAGAGGAGGCGGAGGAACAGGCCAACACCAACCUGGCCAAGUUCCGCAAGGCGCAGCAUGAGCUGGAUGAGGCAGAGGAGCGUGCCGACAUCGCCGAGUCCCAGGUCAACAAGCUGCGGGCCAAGAGCCGCGACAUUGGAGCCAAGAAGGGACUCAAUGAAGAGUGAAGAUCCAGAUGCCCAAGUAUCCUACCUGAACUCGCAGCUGUGCCAUUUAGACUUCCAAGUGCCUAACUCCCCCUAGUCCCCCAAGCUUGGAAAGCCAAUAAAAAGCAUUGAGUAGCA